GUAGCACUGAGACGCCUACACCAGCACACUCACACACAGGCUUGUACACAAACAUCCAUAGCCUGUAAACUUCCUAUAUAGCUUAUAGUGGUGAUAUGAAACGCCUGAGAGCAAUAAUUCGUUCUCUUCCACAUGUCUUUUGUAGUGUAAUUUGUCACUAUAAAAACGACGGGGGAAUCGCAGCUCUUGCAGCGAUGCCUUGUUCCUUUCAAAAAUCCCUCUCUCUGAAAACCAUCUGCCUUGACGUAGGCUGUAGAUUACACUUGCUUUAAAGUUGGUAAAAUACUACUCCCAAAAAGUAGUUUUUGGGUGGUUUGUAUUCGUCCUUUUUGUAUUAAUAUCAAUCCGCCUUCUGUUCCUACUAUCUCCAUGACAUCUAACCCCGUAGUUAGGGCCCAAAUUAAGGAAAAUCAUGACUCAGCUUUUCGAGAAAACACAAAGCAGUAAAUAAUUAUACCAAGUCACUAUUCUGCUUUGAAAAAAAGAAAGGCAACGUUUGCUAAAAAAUAUCCUCACGCACGAAUUUUGGUCCCACUCACCCUCCCACGCCGUCUGAAUGUUCUACCUUUUUAUUGUGUGGCUGAAUCUGUCCUUCUAUCCAUCCACCAUGCGGCCUCAGACCAGAGAAGCAGUGCUCUAGACGUGUUUACUGCCUUGAGAUGCAAGAGGACAUAAAUCGUUUUGCUUUGUCCGCAAACGACACCAUUCACAUGCAGAGGGUUUCACCAUGCUCUCGGUUUCUCUCUCCCCGGUUUCUCUUGUCUACCUCCUCUGUUUUCCCUAUUAGAGAUGUACUUUCUUUUAAUUGUCUAACCCAGAGCCCGAUGGGGUCUUUCCCUUGGUUCACCCCAACCAAGGCUUUGAUCGGCGGCGCCCCCAGUUCAUAAACGCAUCAUUUAUGUAUUUUCUAACCAUUCAGGAAAAAUACAUAUUCGAUCCUAGGAAUUUAGAAAUUAGUCGAUUAUUGCAACACACAAAAAAGUAAUAAUCCCAGCACAAUUCGUAAAUGAAAGGCAAUGAUAGGCUACAUAAAAUGCAAAAGUGUUGGUUAAUGAUUAAGCUGCGGAUGGACGCCCUUUAUCCCUCUCAUAGUAAUGGUAAUGUGCGGUUGUCACCAUCAGCUGUGCUGCGUAAAGCUGUGUACUCUCCCAUCAUUUCAUCCAGUCAUUAUUCGAUUCUGUGUUGAAUAAAUAACAACAAAUGCCAUUAAACACUUGGGAUGGGUGUUCGUGGUUUUUGUAAUGCUAUUUUUUUGGGAGGGGGGGACACAGGAUUUUAAGUGACUUUUUGUGUCCAAGGCGCUAGUUAAUUUGCAUAAUCUUCCUUGUCUAUGGUGACGCUAUGUUUCGGGGGAGUUUACUGUUCUGGUGAUGUCUGCAUAGUACUUGUGCCCAAACACAUAGUCCAUAGCCCUGUCUAGGUUUAAUAUUGGUAUAAGACAUGGGCACUGCUCUAGCAUGUGAUAAGUUCAACCCCGAGGGCCGAUAGCGCUUAUCUGGACGACCCGAGUGCUCGCGCCUGCUUUCAUUAUCUUGGUUUACCCUUCAAACAUCGAACAGGAAAAAAAGGGAUUUUGUUUCUUCUACACACAGAGCCUCUCGCUCCUUCCCUUUUUUGUUGUGGCGGAUGAGUCCUGUAUGAGCUUGGCGCAUGCUGGUGCUGCUGCUUAUACCCCAGCUCGCUCUGCCUAAACUUUUUCUCCGGACUACUGUUUUGAUCGAUUUCGUCGCUGAAUGAGAACAUAUUGUCUUGUGCUUUGCAUUCAUCGUCAGAGGAUAAGGUUCACCCGAGGAGGCCAUUGGCGAAGAGGUGUCACGUGACCAAGGGGUGCCAAUGUUAUUCAACAAGGGUGUCAAGACCCUGUCAGUUUCUGAAAUAAAUAUUGGGAAACGGCGAGAUGCAGAAGGCAACCUACUACGACAGCUCCGCAAUUUACAGUGGCUACCCGUAUCAAAGCGCAAAUGGCUUCAGUUAUGAUGCCAAUCAGGUCCAAUAUCCCCGGGCCUCUCAUGUGGAAAGUGAGUACCAUCGACCAGCCUGCUCCUUGCAGUCCCCAGACGGCUUGGUCGCCCUGCAGAAGCCGGGGGAGAUGGCGGAGAACUGCGACAGGGGUACGGCCAUCCAGGCAGCGCAGCCACCCGUCCUCACUGAAAGCAAUCAACCGCAGAUGUCGGUGUCUGUCCCACCACCCCCUCCCCAGUCACAGUCCCCCGGUUCUCUCAACCAGAACACGAGCAACGGCUCCUGUCAACCCAACUCAAAGAGCUCGGUGCACAGCUCGCCGACCACCACCCGGAAGCACAUCUUCCCCUGGAUGAAAGAGUCCCGUCAGAACCAGAAGCCUAAAACCAGUAGCUCCAGCUCAGUUGAGAGUUGCCCUGGAGACAAGAGCCCCCCGGGCGGGUCAGCCGCGUCGAAGAGAGCCCGGACGGCUUAUACCAGCGCACAGCUGGUGGAGCUGGAGAAGGAGUUCCACUUCAACCGUUACCUCUGCAGACCCCGCAGGGUCGAGAUGGCCAACCUGCUCAACCUCACGGAGAGGCAGAUUAAGAUCUGGUUCCAGAACCGCAGGAUGAAGUACAAAAAGGAUCAGAAAGGGUGUGGCAUGAUGCCCUCUCCCGGAGGACAGUCCCCUCGGAGCCCCCUCGGCCCAUCUCCCGGAGGCGGGGGUGGAGGAUACCUCAACUCUAUGCAUUCUCUGGUUAACAGUGUCCCCUAUGAGUCCCAGUCGCCAACGUCUUACAAUAAGCCCGCUCAAAAUGCAUACGGUAUGCCUACGUCAUAUCCCCCUCCCUUGAACAGCUCCCUAAACAACUGCCCGCCCUCUCAGAAGAGGUAUCCCGGGACUGGCGGCUCGGCCACGCCCGAGUAUGACGCGCAUCCUCUCCAAGGAAAUGGCGGCUAUGGGACGCACUUGCAGCAGGUCAGCCCUGUGUAUGUAGGCGGAGGUUACAUCGAUUCGAUGCCCAACAACAGGGCCUCCGUUUUCGGCCUGACCCAUCUCUCGCACACGCCGUCCACAAACAUGGACUACAAUGGAGCAAUCACUAUGGGCAAUAGUCACCAUCAAAGAGUAUGCGAUCCAAAUCCGACGUACACAGACCUUAAUACGCCGCACUACUCUCAGGGAAGAAUUCAGGAAGCGCCCAAACUGACACAUCUGUAGCCGGGUUGCACCCUGGAUCACUCCGCCCCAUUGUCUUACCUGACGAACCACCAUCGCGUUGUUUCUUCUCUUCUUUAGUAGCUUUUUCCACCUUCUCUUUGUUCUAGGUUAUGUUUGUUCUUUUUUAUAUAGUUUAAUGUGUGAUGUAGCAUAGGAAAGUAAUCACGCUUGCUUCAAAUGUUCUCUCUAUUUGCUAUAGUGUUAUUGUUCCGCACAAACCUAUUAUCUGAGACAACACGCGCGGGGGCACAUACGCAUAGACCUAUUUAAUCUUUAACUUGUUUCUAAAAACAAAUCAAACAGGGUAUAUGAACAAAUCUUAUGGUAUUAUUUUAAUGUGAAUGUGUUAGUUUUUUGGUAUUUAUCCGCAGUUGAAGAUUUGUUUUGUGUUAUUGUUUUGCAUUUUGUUGCACUUGUGGAAGGAUCCUUAAAAAAGGGAGGCCUGGAAGCUCCAGCCUAUGAUCUAACCAGCUUGUGUUCUGUUGGACUUUCAAAAUGUUAUUUAUUUAUAUGACGUUAUAUGGAGUUCUUUAGUAUUAUUUGACCCCCCUGUGCUCUUUGUAUGUGGAGAGAAGGCUGUUGGAACCAGGCCUAGGUUCUAGUUCUACCGCUUACCUGACAGCAGACAGACGACAGAGAGACAGACAGACACGACACUCAGCAGCACACUGAUAUGUUGGUGUUAUUUUUUUCUUCUUCGAGGAGGUAUUUUAUUUCUCUACGAAUGCAAAUCAACCAGUCACGCUUGGAAGGACGGACAGACAUUAGACGUUUCUUUAUUGAACAAAUAUUCUAGAUAUCACCAAGUUUCUGUUUCAAUGUCAUACAUUCCAUGCUGCUCCAGUUCGAAUAAAUAAAGACAUUAAUUUAAAUAUA